UCAUCCGAAGGGGAAUGUUGUCACAUGACCGCGAUAUUAUCACGUGACGGCCCUGUACCGGCGUGGAAAAGGCAAAAAAAGAAAACAAAAGACGUCCACCGAACACCGAAGCCCUCGAAGUUACAGGUUACAGGGUACUUCAGUAAAUUACCAACCACCGAAAGAACGUUCAUGAUGGCAAGGUUCACACUUGGUUUCACCCUGGCUGUAAUCACUGGCAGAAUGUUUGCGACUGUCGUAGCCACCGAGCGAAGGCCUUACGACGUUCAGCUUCCUGACGAACACAUGGCCCACUUCUUCUAUGGACACCCUGCAGCGCGUCAAAGCUGCAUCGAGGAUCCGGCCUGUCCUUACAAGAAACAGGCGAAUGCGUCGGUGUGUUGGGGCUACGAGCUGGGCUGCGACAGGAGGAGCGAACCUGCUACUUGCCCCGGGAGCGCCAAUGGAUGGGCGGAGGGCAAGGAGGCACAGCUGAAUCUCUUCUUCGACCAAGGGGACUUUGGGUUCAUCCGCGAGCGGAGAAAAACACUCAGUCUGCUCUGCCGUCCCGAACAGCCAGGAGACUCUCUGCUGGAGUGCGUCCGUCACAUGGAGCUCUGCCGAGCCAAGAACAUUCGGAUGGACUUUGAGCGACUCGUCGGAAUGCCGGAGCCAAUGAAGUACCGAGAGGACGUCCUGGGGCCCGGCCUGGUGGGGGGCCGCUGUCGACUGGACGGGGCUUCGCUGCGCCUUGAGGGUGGCCGCAAGAGCCCGCUCCAGUCCUGGUAUGCGGAGCUGGGACACUUCGAAGAGCUGCCCUCCGUGCCUUCCGGGGAAGACGGAUGCGACGUCGUGUUGGAGCGUCCGACGGUGGUCAUGAAGCUUGACGCCACGGUGAACAUGUACCAUCACUUCUGUGACUUCGUCAACCUUUACGCCAGCAUGCAUUUCAACAACACGUUUGGCAGGGAUUUCGACAUCCUGCUUUGGGACACGCUCCCAUACAGGGGCAACUUUGCGCCCAUGUGGCGGGCGUUCAUCGACGGCGAACCGAGGACCCUGUCGGAGUUGAGGGGCCGCAAGGUCUGCUUCCGCGAGGCCCUCUUUGCCUUCCUGCCCCGCAUGAUCUUCGGACUGUACUACAACAUGCCCCUGGUGCCCGGCUGCUCGGGGAGUGGGCUCUUCCGGGCCUUCAACCGGCACGUCCUGCACAGGUUCGGAGUCACCGCCAAACCGCCUGAUGGCGACAUCCGUGUGACACUGCUGUCUCGGAAGACCAAGCACCGCCGCAUAGUCAACGAGCAAGAGCUAGUUGCGGCAGCCAGGUCACUUCCAGGGGUCAGGGUUCGUCUGGUGGACUUUGGCCACUCCACAGACUUCAUGCACCAGCUCGAGGUGACUGCCAACACCGAUGUUCUCAUUGGAAUGCAUGGAGCUGGCCUCACCCACGUGCUUUUCCAACCUGACUGGGGCGUUCUCUUCGAGAUCUUUAACUGCGAAGACCCCGGCUGCUACUUGGAUCUGGCACGACUGCGUGGGGUGGAGUACGUCACCUGGGAGGCUGCUGACAAGCUCCACCCAGAAGACGAGGGCCACCAUCCCACCCUCGGAGCCCACGCCAAAUUCACCAAUUACCGCUUCGACGUCGGCGAGUUUCUCCGGUUGUUGAGGAAGGCUGUCGACCACGUCCAAGCGUCGCGACCUCGCAGCAGAGCCCCUUCGCGAUCGUCGAGUGUCGUACAUGACGAAAUGUGACACCGGCAGUUGCGACACCAAAGGCAUCCAUUGGAACGAUCUGCUUCUGACCGCUGCUCAUGGUUUUAACUGUUUGUGGGACGAGACCUCAUGGCCUUAUUGAGGCCGUCGUGCCACAAAGAGGAACCUGCAGGCCAAGGUGUCUGACAGAAUCUCGUAGAGACCCCACGUGGAACUGCAAGAAGAAAGCACGAAGUGCGUCCACGAGUGUAGCUAUGGUGCCUGGAACGCGUUUCCGACAGGUGUGCUUACGUCCUCGCUUGUGGCCUCUCGGUUGCCUCCCGAUGACGUCGCGCUCAACUCAUGCUUUUUCCCUCCUACGGUCCUGGCGGUGUUACAGCGGCGCUGGUAGUCGUGGCAGAUGCCCGUUCUGCUUCAAGUUGCUCUUUUUGCAUUGUAUUCUGCAGAAACUUUGGCAGCUACGAGUCGGAACGCUGCGACGACGACGCUUGUCUUAGCUCGUCAUUUUGGCCGGAACUUGUAUGACCAACCGCCAGGAUUGCAACGUCCGGCAGCAGCUGCGACGCGAUACUUGGGGACUACUUUGAUUGCGCGGGCUGCAUGGGGCACUAAACGCACCAGUCGAAGAUGCCUUCACACCCUAGCGUGGCUGUUGCAGGUCGUCGAGUGAGGGGAACCACGUUUAAAGUACUAUAGCGGGCAUUGAAACACUUCUGUGGGUGUCACUGGAAUAUGCGAGCUGACCCUCUAAGUGCAGAGUGACUUAAUCUGCAAGUAUCCGUACCGCAAAUUUGAUUUUUUAACUAAAAACGGCCAUGUAAAGUGCAGAAGACUGGGGACUUGGCUGAGCAGCUUGCUGGAUUUUAGCUGCCAAACCAAGUGCUUUGCAAAAAAAGAGCUGAUGGAAUUUAAUCGUGUCAUAUGCAUGCUUCAAUGCCGUGACAAGGUGUCGUACUAAUCAUGAUGUAGGAAAUCCGAGACUGGUAAAAGCAGAGAAACUUGGUCGAAGAAGAAAGACAGGGGAAAAGUAUGUCUCAAGAUGUACUUUUCUGAGACAUACUUUUCCCCUGUCUUUCUUCUCCGACCAAGUUUCUCUGCUUUUACCACAGUCUCGGGUUUUCUACAUCAUGAUCAAUAUCCACCAGCUCGCCUGCGCACUCACUGUUUAUUCAUUGUCGUACUACUAUGAAGUCUGUUUUUCAGUCAACUUUUCGUUCACUACACCCUGUGAUACUAGAGGUUUUUACAACGAGGCAGUUGGAAGGUGUACUUUUACAGCACCUGCUACGUCAUAAAUGUGAAAUUCUCAAUAAAAACGAGCCUUAUUCUCAAUAAAAAUGAGAUGUUAUUCCCACGGUGACUUUAC